AUGGCCGAAGAGGUGCAGCAUCAAGUACAUCCGAACGUAGUUGUUCAAGUCCCUCGUACGCCACAGCUGCCAGAAUCGUUUGGUGACGGUGAUUUCGAGCUCUGGAUGAAGCGCUUUGACAUCUUCGCGAAGGCGAAUCGUUGGGAUGCAGACGAGAAACUACUAAGGCUUCCGUUGCUGCUGAAAGGAAGGGCAUUCGCUGUAUAUGAAAGGCACGCAACUGCCGAGUCGUACGAUGACCUGGUAAAAGGGAUCAAGCAGUCUUUUGCCCCGGACACAGAAGAAGCUCGUCGAUUAGCGCAUCGACAGCUGCAAGACAGGAAGAUGCAGGCUGGAGAGGAUGUAGAGGUCUUCCUACGAGCGUUAGAGCGGCUGAUCGAUCGGGCAGCGCCGAAUUUGCCUAACGAACUUCGUAAUAGGCAAUUGAUCGAUUACUUUCUGGAGGGAUUGCCAACGCCUGUCGCGGAUCAAUUGUUCAUCCUCGCGCCUAAAACGCUCGAAGAUACGGUUACGCGAGCUAGGGAGUUGAUGCUGUUGGAGAAGCGCAGAGACUUGCGAGCUAGGCGAAUCGCUGGAAUAACGGCGUGUGCGGAUGACGACGAAGAAGAGAGUGCGUCGGGUCACAUUAUGAGAGCAAUGCGAGCUAUAUCAGAUCGACUGGACACUCUCGAGAAGACAUCACACCCGGUAAGAGGGGAGGCGAAGCAGAUACAACGGAAUGGCAAACAAUUGCAAUGUUUUGGUUGUGGUGAGUACGGACAUUACAAGCGGUUUUGUCCUACUAAUGAUGUAUCCAGAUAUCGUGAGAAGGACAUUGGUUCAUGUUAUGUUUGUGGUGAGUUAGAUCAUUUGGCACGGGCGUGUUCUCGCAGAAGAAUGGUGUUGGGGCGUGACAAAGUGACAGAUGCGGAACAAAUGCGGAGUACAAUGAAGCCUCUAAUGAAGAAGACGGUUUCGAGAGGAAGCAAGAGUUCAUUUGGUGAGCCGGAGAAAAAGCAUAUUGCAUCAUGUCGUUGA